CUCCAAAACAUACAGCAGGUGAUAGUCAACCCCAACUCGCUGGACGAUGCGUACUCGGGUCAGGUGCGGGUGUCGGCGGUGCUGGAGGAACAGGCACGGCAACAGAAAGACAAGAACAAACUCACUACAGGCGAGAUAGCAGGCAUUGCGUUUGCCUGUGUGGUGGCUGUGCUUGG